GAUACACUCAAAACUCGGCAGUAUAGUCUGAUGACCUUAGCUUGUUCCAUACUAUGGAUGAACUUAAAAAAAGUGUCUAUGGAUUAUUAAUCAUCAUCGAAAAGUUAUAAAUAAAGUCGUCAUCGAAAUGUCCUCACCACGCCCGAAAUCUCCUCGUACUCCCGUUUUACCUAAAAAGGAAGACAAAGAAGAGUCUUUUUGGGAUAAAAUUGGGACUAUAGGGCGUAAGAAGCGGAUAAAGGAAGUACAAGAGGUUCAAGCUGAAGGCAAACAUGCCAUAGACUCACCUGGCAGUCCAACAGCUCCAGAGAUUCCACCUGAGGAAUACAGUUUGCUUGAUAAUGAGGAAAGAGCCAUAAUUGAACCGAGGUCUUUAGAAGAUCCUAGGGUGAGAGAGCUCAUCCAAGUUCUUAUUGACUGGAUUAAUGAUGAACUGGCCAUGCAAAGAAUAAUUGUAAAAGAUAUAAGUGAAGAUCUCUAUGAUGGUCAAGUGCUACAGAAGCUAUUGGAAAAACUGACAGAGACUAAAUUAGAUGUCCCAGAAGUGACACAGUCUGAAGAAGGCCAGAGACAAAAAUUGGCUGUUGUACUUAGAGCUGUCAACAGGGUGCUCUAUGGGUCACCGAAACAUGUACAGAAGUGGAGUGUUGAUUCUGUACAUUCAAAGAAUGUUGUUUCCAUCCUGCAUUUGCUGGUAGCAUUGGCUAGACAUUUCCGUGCCCCUAUUCGUCUACCUGAAAAUGUCAGUGUAAACGUGGUUGUUGUGAAGAAAGAUGCUCCUAAUCAACUAUCUCACCGAACAUUCAUAGAAGAUAUUACAACUACCUAUGAUGAUCUUGGCAUGAAAUGUGAAAGAGAUGCUUUUGAUGCAUUGUUUGAUCAUGUCCCUGAUAAGCUACAAGUUGUUAAAAAGUCACUCAUCACAUUUGUUAACAAGCAUUUGAGCAAAGUAAAUCUUGAAGUUAUGGAUUUGGACACUCAAUUCCAUGAUGGAGUGUAUCUGUGCCUUCUAAUGGGUCUGCUGGAAGGAUUUUUUGUCCCACUCUAUGAUUUUCACCUUACUCCACAAGAUUUCGACCAGAAAGUCCACAAUGUGUCUUUUGCAUUUGAGUUGAUGCAAGAUGUUGGGCUUGCUAAACCUAAAGCACGGCCUGAAGAUAUUGUGAAUCUCGACCUCAAAUCUACUCUUCGGGUUCUCUACAACUUGUUUACUAAAUACAAAAAUAUCGCUUAAUGCCCUUGCCUCUACAAUUAAGUAGUAAACAGCAGUACUCACACAAAUGGUGUUCACUAAUUGACAAAAUUAAAAUAUUUUUUGUAACAAAUUAUUUUAUAAGUGUAUUAACCUGAAAAUGAAUACUAAUGUAUGAUGGUGCCUUUAGGUUUAAUUAGAAAAUAUAUUUACAUUAAUAAACCUAAUUACUAACGA